AACCUAAGGUUGAGUACCAAAGUAUGUCCAUAGUAGGCUUGGUUUCGAACAUACGGAUGCGCAGAGCAGGGCGGAAGAUCAUCGGUCGCCUUCAAGCUAUAAUUGAUGAAUACGACGAUAAGAUCCGGGACUGUUCGAUGCGGCUAGACGGCAUGGCCAUGGCAACUCAAUGGGCACAAGGCGAAACCAAUGUCGAAAUCGCGUUAGCCACUGGACGGGACUCCAAACACAUGCGGUCCAUUGCCAUUGUCACCAUGAUUUUCUUACCGGGAACUUUUUUUGCGAGCGUGUUCUCGAUGAGCUUUUUCAGUUGGUUCAACAACAGUGGAAGCAGCCAAGUACAGGUGUCAUCUUAUAUCUGGGUGUAUAUUACCGUCACUGUCGUAUGCACUGUGCUUACGAUUGGUUUAUGGUAUUAUUUUAAUAUAUGGCGGCGAACAGGCCCAAAGAAACAAGAGGAAGAAAAGGCUCUCGUUUGAGAGCCUGGCAUGUACUUUUUCAUCAACGUAGUCUUGCAUUAUAUAGUAGAAUCGAACCCUGCGCAU